AUGGUUUCUUCUAAUACUUCGUCGAAACUACCUAAAAGUUCUAGGGCUGUCCGCAAAAGCCUUGCUGAUACCAUGGAGUAUGAGCAUGUUGAGAUGCCCAAUGGGAUCAAUGGAUUGAUUAUAUCUGAUCCCGGGCUGGACAAGUGCAGCUGUGCAGUCUCAGUAAAGGUCGGCUCGCUCGACAACCCUGAGUCUGCACAGGGGCUUGCACACUUCCUGGAGCACAUGCUGUUUAUGGGUACUGAGAAAUACCCUGACGAAGAGGAAUUCACCGGAUUCCUCUCGAAAAACAACGGUGGUUAUAAUGCAACGACCUAUGGAGAGACGACCAUAUACUACUUUGAUAUUGCACCGGAGGCUUUUGAAGAAGGAGUCGACAGACUUGCAGACUUCUUCAAAACACCACUGCUGAAGCAAGACUCUGUUGAGAGAGAAGUGUCUGCAGUCCAUUCUGAGUUCUGCAACGGGCUCGGCUCCGACGACUGGAGGAUAUGGAGAAUGAUAGGAAGGUGCUGUAAGAAAGAUGUUCCCAUGUCGAAGUUUAGUACUGGGAACUACGACACUCUGAGAAGAGAAGGGAUAUGGGAGGAGAUGAAGGAGUUCUGGAGGACGAAGUAUUCCUGUGACAAGAUGUGUGUUGUGAUCUAUGGAAACAAGAGCCCUGAAGAGCUAAAGGAGCUGCUAAAGAAGUUUGAAGGAGUUCCAAAAGGACGUGAAGAGAAGAAGUGUCCUGGAGAAGGCACAAAGCAGGACCUCGAGGGUAGAUUGGAUAUAUUUGACCCCGAAUACACAAACAGGUGGAUAAGGGUAGAGCCGAUUGCAGACACAAGGUCUGUUGUUGUCAGUAUGACUGCCGAGUCUGGGUAUAAAGUAUUCAAGAACAAUCCAUACGAGUGUAUUACCGAGAUGAUUCUUAGAGAAGAUCCGAAGGGGUUUGCUUGCAGGGUGAAGGACAAGGGACUUGCAUUAGAUGUCGAGUGUGAGGUUGACGACUACACAGACUAUUCAUUGAUCAUUGUAACCAUACAUCUAUCUGAGGCAGGAAGCAAGAGGACUCGGGACGUUGUCUUGGAGCUUGUAAAUUACAUCCGAGGGAUGAAGAUCACACCGAGAGAGUAUGCAGAGCUCAAGAAGAGGUCCGAGUAUGUCUUCAGGUAUAAGGAGGGCGACAAGCCUAUGUACCAAACACAAAAGAUUGCAAAAAACAUGCAGUUCUAUCCCGUCGAGAAUGUCCUCGAUAAAGAUCAUUGCUUUGAGAGGUUUGACAGCAGCGAGAUGGAGAGAAUAAUCAAGAGGAUGGGAAACUUUUCUGAGUGGCUUGUAUUCUACGUUGCAAAGGAUGCAGGGGCAUUUGAUAUGUGCGAGGAGAUAUACAAAGUGAGGUAUGGGGUCGGAGAUAGGAUACUUGAGGAAAAGGAUAUUGAUGCAAAUCCUCUGGAAGAAGGAGAAGUUGCAGAAUGGAAGGAGGGGAAGCUGGAGAGCUCGGAAGGUGGCACUGGCAUUCUCUCAAGAGAGUUUCCCGGAGGGAAGAUCAACUUCUUGUUCGAUGACACCUAUAAGGUUCCGAAGGUGUUUAUUGGGUACUUGGUAAGAACAGAAAAUAUGAGCAAGGGCGAUAAGGUCAACACGAUGUUUUUGAUUGAGAAUGCAAAGAGCCAGUUCUUCAGAAGAUACGAUGGAUAUCUCCAUGGAACGGGGGUAGACAUUACUGUGCAGAUAGAACACUAUGGGAUUGAAAUCUGCAUCGAGUGUUUCAACCACAUGAGUGUGGAGGUAUCCCAGAAGUUUUUUGACGUGCUGUUUGGGGAGCCUGAAGGGUCUCGCAAGCACUUGAUCAAGGAGAAUAUUCGGAAGGAGCUUGAGAUGAUGAGAAACAAUAGGCCUUUCAGACGAUGCAUGGAAGGAAUGAAGCAGAUGAGGAUUCCGGAGAAUAUGCUUGCAGAGGAGACUAUGGAGAGACUGGGUUCUGUGGACACCGGGUACAAGAUGAGCCGAAAGUUCUUCCUCGAGAUGUUUGCAAUUGGAAACAUGAGGUUCUCUGAUGCAGAAAAGAUAUUUAACCAUGUACUAUCUAAGCAGGAGGAGGUGUACGAUUACAAGAAAAAAGAGCUUCUUGAUGGGAAGUACAGAUGCGAUGUAAAUACAAGCGAUAAGGUGAAUAACGCAUGUGCCCUAAGCUAUUAUUGUGGGAAGUAUGGGAACCAUGCAGAUGCAGCAAUGACACACUUUGUGCAUCAGUCGUGCAUGUCCAUGUUCUUCGAUGACCUCCGAACCAAGGAGGAGCUUGGAUAUGUAGUAUUUUCAAGGGUCAUACAUCUCGACGACGAGCAGUAUAUAACAUUCCUUGUGCAAAGCGAGAAGGACGUUGAAUUCCUGGAAAAGAGAAUAAGGAAGUUUGUUGAGGACCUGGACAAGUACUUCAGGGAGAUGAGUGAGAGCCAGUUCAAGGAGUUCAAGAACGGCGUUGUUUCGUUUUUCAAGGAGAAGAAGAAGAACUUCGAGAUCUACAGCGCCAGUAUAUGGAACAAGUAUUUGAGGGGGGUGGUAGACCUGAAGUACGAGGAUAAGGCUGCUGAGGCGGUGAGUAGGAUAUCCAGAGAGGAUCUGUCCAUAGGAAAGAUAUUUGGGCCCGUGUAUGUGUCAAGGGUAUUUGCUCAUUAA